CCUCAGCAGCAACUUCCUGGAGUCCUGCCUUUUGAGGGAGCAGGUGUCUGUAAACACACUCAGCUGCCCGUCGUCAUUUCUUGCCAUCAGGGAUGGGGGCCAGUUUCUGCUCUCGUGGGGAUGAGCCCCUGUUCUUGUUCCACACAGGCCUGAAGGAAGCCAACGAUAUCGUUCUGUACCUGAAGCCCUUGCGUAUCUUGCUGGAGGAGAUGGAACAGGCCGACUUUACGGCGCUCCCGACCUUCAUCACCAAGGUGCUGUACACCAUCUGCUUCAUCUGGGCCACCUCCGAGCACUACAACACACCCUCCCGGAUCAUUGUCAUCCUGCAGGAGUUCUGCAACCAGCUCAUCGACAUGACGCGGACCUUCCUGAGCCCCGAGGAGGUGCUGAAAGGCCUGCAGGGGGAAAUUGAGGAGGUUCUGACCGGCAUCACUCUGUCUGUGAAUGUCCUGAAGGAGCUGUACCGGGUCUACGACUUCUGUUGUGCAAACAUGAAGCUUUUCUUCAAGAAGAACAAGGAGCCGGUGCCUUGGGAAUUCCCUUCUUCUCUUGCCUUUUCCAGAAUAAAUUCCUUCUUCCGCCGUGUCCAGACCAUCGAGGUACAGGUGGAAUUUGGCUCCCCUCCCUCUUAGGAGAACUGCACCUUGCUUGUAGGUGGGCUCCCAGGAGGGAAAUGAAAGUCACACCCAAACAUCUGUGUCCCUGGGAAGCCAAGUCACUGGGUUGCCCCCACCAGGCCCAGAGCUGUUAACCCAGAACAAAGCGGUCCAUUUCAGUUGCUUUUCCCUCUUCUCCUGCCUUCUGUCCACAAGCAGGUUAAUGACAAGUUCAUUGACCUGGGUCAGGAAGCCUGCAGGCCAAGGGAGAGGGUGAGAGGGACUAAGUUAGCACAACUGAGGUUUUAAGAAGGACCUUAUUUGGAUACAUGGAAUGACAUGGGACAAAUAACACUUCUAAAGAGGUUCAGAACAGUUUCCUCUGGGGAGAAGAGGUGAGAGGUGAAGGCAUGUCUAGGGCAAGAAGGUUUUCCUUCUUAUUUUGUAAUCUGUAGGGGGUCUCUUUUUUGGACAUAUUUUGUAUACGUGUUACACUAUUUAAAAAAAUAAAGCAGGGUUGUGGGGGCAGUGGAUCCUAGAACCACUGGGCAGUGACUUUUUGAGGGAUGCUGUCAGCGGGGGCUCUGGGAAGGCCUCUACGGCUCCCAUCCAUACCCUCUGGGAGGCAGAGCAAGAAACCCCUUGAGAAGCUAUAUCUUGGUUACAGAGCGUUUCUUCAUGCCCCAAGGCUCCCAGCUCGAGAACUUGAGGGUCCCAGCCGAGCUUCUGGCCAAAUAGCUGCUGGUUCCUACAUUGUAGAUUCUGAAUUGGGAUGGAGCUUCUGGGA